CUUUAAUAAUCUUCCUUUUUCCCACUCCAAAUAAGAUUCCAAAGACAACCUAACUAAGUGACCAACCAACCAAUUUCUUUCCCCCUAACUCCUUUUUUUUUCUCUCUUUUUCCUUCCUCACUAGGGCCACCGCUAUACAGUAUCACCCUUCCACCCCCACCACCAUCACCCCUCUCUUUUUCCCUUUCUUCUCACCUCUCAACCUUUCUCUCUAUAUCAUUCAUCCAAUCUCUCUUUUCUCCCAAACUCAACUAUUCCAACACAAAAUUCCAUAAACCCUAAUUGAUCAUUCAUAUUGAUCAUCAUUUCAUCACCCAAAUUAUAUUAUAAUUAUACAUACCAAUGCCAUCAUCAGUACAUUCCAGUCCCUUCUACCAAAUGGAGAAUCCGGCCAUAGUGUCCCUCCUCCGGCACGCCGGGCAGGCGGGCGGGACGACGACCGAUCAUCAGAAAAUCAAGAGACCCUCGGUAGCGAAAUCGGCGGGAGGACUCCUGAAGAUGUUCAAGCUCUUCCCCAUGCUGACGUCCGGCUGCAAGAUGGUGGCGCUGCUCGGGAGGCCGAGGAGACCGCUGCUGAAGGACCGGGCGACGACCGGCACGAUCUUGGGGUACAGGAAAGGCCGGGUGAGCCUGGCCAUACAGGAAGACCCCCACUGCAUGCCAAUCUUCGUGAUCGAGCUCCCCAUGCAGACUAGCGCCCUAAACAAGGAAAUGCAGGCCGAUGACAUCAUCCGGAUCGCCCUAGAGAGCGAGACGAAGACGCACAAGAAGAAGGUUCUGGAAGAGUUCGUGUGGGCCGUGUACUGCAACGGCAGGAAGGUCGGCUACUCGAUCCGGCGGAUGCACAUGACGGAGGACGAGCUUCACGUCAUGCAGACCUUGAGAGGGGUUUCCAUGGGGGCCGGGGUUCUCCCGAGCCCCGCGGGCGGUGGCGGCGGUGACCAAACGGCGUCGUCCGAUGGGGAAUUGACCUACAUGAGGGCAAGGUUUGAGAGGGUCGUCGGGUCUAAGGACUCCGAGGCCUUGUACAUGAUUAACCCUGAUGGCGCUCCCGGCCCAGAGUUGAGUAUUUUCUUUGUCCGGUCUCAGUGAGUGAGGAGGAUAUUUAAUUAAUUAGGUUUUUUCUUUUUAUUUUUUAUUUUUUUGGUUUUGGAAUAUGUAAUAUGGGAUAUUGAUACGUGCAUAGAUAUAUGAUUUUGGGUAUUGAUUGUUGUAGGAUUAGGGUUGUACCUAUAAACGGAUCACUGAUUUUCUCUCUGCAGGAAGAACUGUGAUGGAUUAAUUAAUUCAUUAUAAUUUAUAAGUUA